AUGAGACUUGAUGACACCACAUUGUAUAAAAAUGGUUUAUAUCCCUAUUUUGCCGUUGUCUUCUCCAUUAUCACAAUUCUGAAUAUUCUCUCAAUUCUUUAUUAUUUCUUCAAUUUGUAUGUGACUUUUCGAGUGAAACAUUUCAAAACCAACAUCCAAAUUCUUCAUCAAGCCAUCUAUGCCACGUGUCCAUUCACUUCAAUAUUCAUCAUAAUAGAUGGAGUCGCUAACAUUCUAGGAAAACGAGAUUUCAAUCUUCCAUUUGCUCUCAAUUUCUUUCGAACUGUGAUGAGCUGUCCUCCACUAUUCGCCUUGGUUGCUAUCAUGCUGGAACGUAUUUUUGCCACGUAUUACAUCAAAGAUUAUGAGAGAGAAAGGAGACCAAUUAUUGGAUAUUCCAUUAUCCUUCUUCUCAUUGUCAUGUCUAUCGGCACAGCUUUCAUUUUCAGUUAUCCAGAAUUGGUAAUUGUUUUUGUGGUGUGUCAUCUAUCACUCAAUGUUAUCUGCUACGUGGUUUCUCUAAUUACUUAUAGAAUUAAUCGGAAGUAUUACUAUAAUAAUCGAGAACGCAAACACUCUUAUUCAUUGGGUGAAAGAUAUCAAAUAUCAGAAAAUAUCAGAUUAUACAAGUUUUUCUCUCAUUAUCUAUUCGUCUUGGCUGUCUUUCCGAUCUCGUGUACUAUAUUUGCCCUGAUCGAUCACAUUGACUCGAAUCCAAUCCAUAGAGAAAUACUUGCGAUCCUCUUCGAUUUGAGUUACACAUUGUGA